GCCAACCCAGAGGGGCCAACGCCGUGGGCUCGCAUCUGCACUCUGAGCGUUAGAUUAGCGGCUGGCGUCAAAGAGCGACUUCCGCCAACAUGACUAAUACUUCCACCGGCCCGAAUGGGCCCGUAGCAUUUGCUCUGACGCCCUAUGGGUGCAACGCAACCGCUGCUGACGGUGCAGCUUUCAACAGCUGUUGCCAGCAGCUGCAAGAUUUGUGGAGCUACAAGGUCGGAAAAGGCUGGUGCGGCCUCGAUUCUAAGAACAACCUCACGGACUUUGAGAACUGCAUGCUUGCGAAGAAUGCCACUGCAAUUUGCUUGAGCCCCAGCCCAUCCGGAUCACUCAAGAAUCCGGCAGGCAAGACGAGCGCAUGGCUGCUCCUCGGCCUCACACUGAGCACAGCGCUCCUUUCUAUGAUGACAUUGGCUUGAAAACGCCGUCUCCUGGCAUUCUAUGCCGCCGACGUAAUGAAUGAUCUAGGUGCUGUCAAGGGUCCCAAUGGGUGUUGUACACAAGUUUAUUACGAGAACGCAUGGUAAAG